AUGCGACAACCAGCAGCACCCAUUCCCUCGCCCUUCCAAUCCUCCAUUGCGAAGCCGGGACAGGGGAAAGUCGUUCUCUCUCUCCUCCCACCAGCGAACCCGACCCUCACAACCCUCACCUAUAAAUACCCAUUGAAGCUCGUCCCCAGAACCGGCGGCUUCGUCCCGAGCCCCGAAUCCUCCGCCUUCUCCGACUCAUGCCCCUCACACCCAGUGCACCUCUAUCUCCUCACUUACGGCGGCGGGUUGCUACCAGGUGACCACAUCGAAGUCUCCAUUACGCUAGAACCGAAGACCCGUAUGGUAGUCACAACCCCACAGGGCAGCACAAAGAUCUUCAAAACAGACCCAAACAGCGCAAACAGCCCCAAUGUCAUCAAGGGCCACCGCAAGCAAAUGCCCGCAAAUCCCAGUAUCUCCGACAUGAGCCAGCAAUCUCUCGAUGUGAAAAUUGGCCGCCAAGCAGCCCUCUGCUACCUCCCCGACCCUUCAGUUCCCUUCCAAAACAGCCGCUACGCCCAAAUCCAAACAUUCACCGUUGACGCUACGGCAAAGGGCGACCAGAGGAGUAGUCUGUGUGUGCUAGACUGGGUAACGCAAGGCCGGACAUCCCGCGGCGAAAAUUGGAACUUCCGCUUCUGGCGCGGCCGCAAUGAAGUCUGGGCCGUAGACGAGAAAACAGGCAAGAGCAGGCUUUUACUCCGAGACUCUGUCAUUCUCGACGACGAAUCCGAGGAUACGAGUGAUGAGGAGAACGAGUUCUCGGAGGAUGAAGUCGAGCGUACGGAUGUGAAUAUCCAUAACGGUAUUGACAAUCAUUCCAACUCCCACUCCAAUCGCCCUGCCAAUCGCCCUCAACUACCUCAAAAUGGCCUAACGCCCUUGAAUAUCAUCGCCGAACGAACCCGGCCCCAUGGUGUCGUUGGCACGUUAAUUCUCUCCGGUCCCGUCUUUGAAGCACUGGGCUCGUAUCUCAUACACGAAUUUCAGACCCAGCCGCGCAUUGGUAGUCGUAAUUGGUCUGAUCAUGCUUCUGCUGCUGUGCCUGAACCGUCUAUUAGCCAUCAUGGUGAUGUGACAUGGACCGCGGCGCGGGUUCGAGCUGGAUUCGUGCUUGUGAAGUUUGGAGCUAAGGACUUUGAGACUGCCAAGCAUUGGCUUGGUGGGUUGAUCCGGGAGGAGGGAAGCGUUAUUCGCGAAUUCGGCGAAGAGGCGCUGUUCUGCCUGUGA